GAAGUGCUUCGGGCAGCAGCCUCCUUCCAGGCUGCGGCCCCUGCCGGUUACAUAACUCGUUGCGGGCUGCGCGCGGCCCCACUUCCUGGCUCCCUGAGAACCGAGGAUGCGCUGAGCCCCACAACGCCGUCCGCUGCCGCCGGCUCCCUCCCGAGGUUAUAUGAGGAGGAGGAGGCGGCAGCGUGGGUGCGGCUGCCUCCUGACACCUCCCUCCCUGCAGGUGUGAAUGACAGAGGUGGUGCCAUCCAGCUCCCUCAGCGAGGUCAGCCUGCGUCUCCUCUGCCACGAUGACAUAGACACCGUGAAGCACCUGUGCGGCGACUGGUUCCCCAUCGAGUACCCAGACUCAUGGUAUCGUGAUAUCACCUCCAACAAGAAGUUCUUUUCCCUCGCCGCAACCUACAGGGGCGCCAUCGUGGGAAUGAUCGUAGCUGAAAUAAAAAGUAGGACCAAGAUACACAAGGAGGAUGGAGAUAUUCUAGCCUCCAGCUUCUCUGUUGACACGCAGGUUGCGUACAUCCUAAGCCUGGGAGUAGUGAAGGAAUUCAGAAAGCACGGCAUAGGUUCCCUAUUACUUGAGAGUUUAAAAGAUCACAUAUCAACCACCGCCCAGGACCACUGCAAAGCCAUCUACCUGCACGUCCUCACUACCAACAAUACGGCUAUAAACUUCUACGAAAACAGAGACUUCAAGCAGCAUCACUAUCUCCCCUAUUACUAUUCCAUCCGAGGGGUCCUCAAAGAUGGCUUCACUUAUGUCCUCUACAUCAACGGUGGCCACCCUCCCUGGACCAUCCUGGACUACAUCCAGCACCUGGGCUCUGCGCUAGCAAACCUGAGCCCCUGUUCCAUCCCGCACAGGAUCUACCGCCAGGCCCACAGCCUGCUCUGCAGCUUCCUGCCAUGGUCAAGCAUCUCCACCAAGGGCGGCAUCGAGUACAGCCGGACCAUGUGACGCCAGCCGGGCAGUCUCUGCCAGGCCCCACCCCUCGGCACCCUGUGGAAACCACCUUCCCAGCCAUCUGACUUCUGCUGUCCUCUGCAGAGGAGCCGGUGGGCACCUGCUGGGCCCGUCAGCGUGCCCCACCUGCAGGCCCGGUGCUACGUGGGCUCGGGAGAAGAGAGUCAAGGGGCGUGCCCGGUCUCCCCCAGGCUCCUCCAGCCCUCCUUCCCAAUCUGGAAACCUUCACUUCUGCUGAGCCCUGGCCGGGCCCCCGCACGUGCUCUAGCCCCACGGGCACCUAGGGGUGGCAGCGUUCACUGUGGUCUGUUUCUUCUGCUGCCCUGGGAGCAAGGGCAUGGGAAAGGGCUUCCUUCCCCACGCCCCUCACCGGCCUCUUCCCCUCCGCUGUGUGAUCCUUCCAGCUCCUUCCUGCAAAGUCGGAAUAAACUUCUGGGAGGGAGGAACCCAAGUGUUACGGACAGACUUGACCCUAAAGACACAGGAGCCUCUGAACAAUGAGGGGUCAAAAUAACGGGAAGGCCAGCCCCUGGUCCAGAACCAGCACCCAGAAGCCCGGAGGGGUGGGGAGCAGCUCCGGUCUCUCCACCCAGGGCUGACCCUUGCUGGGCACAGCUGGGGAGGCUUCUCACCCACACACUGAGCUCUGUGGCUUCGCUCCCCACAUGUGUGGGCGGAUAACGAGACAGGUGCCCACAUUCCCCACUAGGAGGCUGAGUCCUCCCACAGCCUCUUCCCAUGGGCUGCUUCAUUCUGUCCCGAGCGAUUGGAACCACCUGUCAGAUGGUGGAUGUGCCAUUCAGCUGAGCUGCUGCAGGGAGCUGGGCUGAGGACAGGCACCACUGAGGGCCUGGGUGUCCUCUCCCCACAGCCCCCCAGCCCCAUGAGCAGCAGCUCUGAGGCCUGGCCAGGUGCAGACAGGACAAAGCUGAGCACCGCAAUGACCAAGUGAGACCCGGCCUUUGGGGCUGGGGACAGUACGUGCCUUGUGGUCCCUCCACCUCUGGGGCAGAGACAGUGCCUGGAAGUGUGCGCGUGGACGGCACGUGCUCCUGGCACCCCUUCUGCCAGGGCCCCUAGAGCUGCUUGCUGCCUGGCCUGCCCCUCCGGAGCAGAGGGGAUGGCGCAGAGUCUCACGCCGGACGAGAGCAGGAGACGGGAAACCCCAGGUGGGGGCUCCGUGACCGUGUCCUUCCCUCCCUCGGAACUUCCUGGCCCGGGGCUCCUGCGGCCUCACUGGUGGAUCCUGGGCAGGAAGGGCACUCCAUCUCCCCCCACUCCCCACCUCCAUGCUGACAUUGGUUUCAUGCUGAGGCCCAGCUGGGUGUCCUCUCUAAUCUGAAUCAACGAUGAUCAUGUGAUUUUUAUUUCUGCCCCUCAGGAUAAGGGAAGAGUCUUCCAGAAGGUUCUACUUUGUACAUUCGUAAUUGAGCUCAGAGGCUUUGCCCUGCCCCUCCCUCCCCCACCUCCUUAUCACUGCAGUGUCCAGCCCAGUGUUGAACAGAUUAUAGUGUUUUGUCUUACUACAAACAAAUAAAUAGACUUUAAUUGGU